AUGGCACCACCUGUGUUCGAUGGGGAGAAUUAUCAAGCAUGGACUGUUAAGAUGACAGCUUUUAUGGAAGGCUGUGAUUUGUGGGAAGCAGUGGAAGAAGACUACGAGGAGGCUCUCCUUCCUAACAAUCCAACCAUGGCUCAGAUCAAGCUGCACAAGGAGAACAAGACUAUGGGUGAUCGGUUCUGGGUACCCUUGUCACCCACCAUCUUCAUCAGAAUCAUGAGGCUUGAGUCAGCAAAAAAUAUCUGGGAUUACUUGAAGGAAGAAUAUGAAGGAGAUGAGAAGAUUAGAGGUAUGAAAGUGUUAAAUUUGUUGAGAGAAUUUGAAAGGCUUCAGAUGGAAGAGAGAGAGACUGUGAAAGAGUUUGCUGAUAGGCUUGUGGAAAUUGCUAAGACAAAUAGAGUGCUAGGAACUAAUAUGAAGGAUGAUAGGCUGGUGGAAAAGAUUCUAGUUUCUGCUCAAGAGCAGAGAAGUAUGAUGAGAAGACAAGGAAUUGCUGAAGAAUGA